AUCUGUCCGAAGAUGAAGAAACCGGGGGGUGGGUGACUUCCACGGGGACAGUUCCGGAGGAGCGCCCCGGACGACCGGCGUUUCCUUUCCGGGUGGGAGUCCUCGGCACGACUGGAGUGCCCCCGACCCUUUUACAGCGGCUCCUGUGAAUAUUUCUCUUUAGGUUUUGUUUUUUUUUGUGUUUUUUUUUUUACUCCUUGAAAGAAAUGGUUAUCCAGCCAGUAAAAGACGCUUAAAAAUCAAGAAACUUCAAAGCGAUACACCGCGAAGCCCAUCGGACCCCCGUUUUCAUGUGUCAGCCUGCAACCGGCCUCCGUUCGUCGUGAUGGGAGGUGUCGCCGGGUGACCGCCCCCGGCCACCGCGUCCUGGCCGCGCGGCGAGUGUGAGAUCCCGCGGGUCGCAGCGUCCCGCUGUCCUCAGCCCACGGACCCUUCCGGAAGACCUCGAGCCCUCUUCUGGAAAGGGGUACCUAUCCUUGCUUUAUGGGGCAGCAGCCUGGAAAAGUUCUUGGGGACCAGAGACGGCCAAGUUUGCCUGCCCUGCACUUUAUCAAGGGAGCGGGGAAGAAGGAGUCAUCCAGGCACGGGGGCCCGCACUGCAACGUGUUCGUGGAGCAUGAAGCCCUCCAAAGGCCAGUAGCAUCUGACUUUGAGCCCCAAGGUCUGAGCGAGGCAGCUCGUUGGAACUCCAAGGAAAACCUCCUCGCUGGUCCCAGUGAAAACGACCCCAACCUUUUCGUUGCACUGUAUGAUUUUGUGGCCAGUGGGGAUAACACUCUAAGUAUCACUAAAGGCGAAAAGCUCCGGGUCUUAGGCUACAAUCACAAUGGCGAAUGGUGCGAAGCCCAAACCAAAAAUGGCCAAGGGUGGGUCCCAAGCAACUACAUCACGCCAGUCAACAGCCUGGAGAAACAUUCCUGGUACCAUGGGCCCGUGUCCCGCAACGCUGCUGAGUACCUGCUGAGCAGCGGGAUCAACGGCAGCUUCCUGGUGCGGGAGAGCGAGAGCAGCCCCGGGCAGAGGUCCAUCUCGCUGCGAUACGAAGGGAGGGUGUACCACUACAGGAUCAACACUGCUUCCGAUGGCAAGCUCUAUGUCUCCUCCGAGAGCCGCUUCAACACGUUGGCGGAGCUGGUUCACCAUCACUCGACUGUGGCCGACGGGCUCAUCACCACUCUCCACUACCCAGCUCCCAAGCGCAACAAGCCCACUGUCUACGGCGUGUCCCCCAACUACGACAAGUGGGAGAUGGAGCGCACGGACAUCACCAUGAAGCACAAGCUGGGAGGAGGCCAGUACGGGGAGGUGUAUGAGGGCGUGUGGAAGAAGUACAGCCUGACUGUGGCCGUGAAGACCCUGAAGGAGGACACCAUGGAGGUGGAAGAGUUCCUGAAGGAAGCGGCGGUAAUGAAGGAGAUCAAGCACCCUAAUCUGGUGCAGUUGCUUGGGGUCUGCACCCGGGAGCCCCCCUUCUAUAUAAUCACUGAGUUCAUGACCUAUGGGAACCUGUUGGAUUACCUGAGAGAGUGUAACCGGCAGGAGGUGAAUGCUGUGGUGCUGCUGUACAUGGCCACUCAGAUCUCGUCAGCCAUGGAGUACCUGGAGAAGAAAAACUUCAUCCACAGAGAUCUCGCUGCCCGAAACUGCCUGGUAGGGGAAAACCACUUGGUGAAGGUGGCUGAUUUCGGCCUGAGCAGGUUGAUGACAGGGGACACCUACACUGCCCACGCUGGGGCCAAGUUCCCGAUCAAGUGGACUGCACCCGAAAGCCUGGCCUACAACAAAUUCUCCAUCAAGUCCGACGUCUGGGCAUUUGGAGUACUGCUUUGGGAGAUUGCUACCUAUGGCAUGUCACCUUACCCAGGAAUCGACCUGUCGCAGGUUUAUGAGCUGCUAGAGAAAGACUAUCGCAUGGAGCGCCCGGAAGGCUGUCCCGAGAAGGUCUACGAACUCAUGCGAGCAUGUUGGCAGUGGAAUCCCUCUGACCGGCCCUCCUUUGCUGAAAUCCACCAAGCCUUUGAAACAAUGUUUCAGGAGUCCAGCAUAUCAGAUGAAGUGGAAAAGGAACUGGGGAAAAAAGGCAUGCGAGGGGCUGCAGGUACUUUGCUGCAGGCCCCAGAGCUGCCCACCAAGACAAGAACCUCCAGGAGAGCUACGGAACACAAAGAUUCCACCGACGUGCCUGAGAUGCCCCACUCCAAGGGCCCAGGAGAGCCUGAUCCUCUGGACCAUGAGCCUGCCGUUUCUCCAUUGCUCCCUCGCAAAGAGCGAGGUCCUCAGGAGGGUGGCCUGAACGAAGAGGAGCGCCUCCUCCCCAAAGACAAGAAGCCCAAUUUGUUCAGCGCCUUGAUCAAGAAGAAGAGGAGGACGGCCCCCACCCCUCCCAAGCGCAGCAGCUCCUUCCGGGAGAUGGAUGGCCAGCCUGAGCGCAAGGGGCCCACAGAGGAAGAGGGCCGUGAAGUCAGCAAUGGGGCGCCUGCUCUCCCGCCCUUGGACCCAGCUGAGCCAGCCAAGUCCCCAAAGCCCAGCAGCGGGGCUGGUGUCCCCAAUGGAGCCUUCCGGGAGUCGGGGGGCCCAGGCUUCCGGUCUCCCCACCUGUGGAAAAAGUCUAGCACGCUGACCAGCGGCCGAUUAGCAGCCGGUGAAGAGGAGAGUGGAAGCAGCGCCAGCAAGCGCUUCCUGAGGUCCUGCUCUGCCUCGUGCGUGCCGCACGGGGCCAAGGACACGGAGUGGAGGUCCGUCACACUGCCCCGGGACCUGCAGUCCACGGGAAGGCAGUUUGACUCGUCCACUUUUGGGGGGCACAAAAGUGAGAAGCCUGCUCUGCCCCGGAAGCGGGCGAGUGAGAACAGGUUUGACCAGGUGACCAGGGGCACAGUGACGCCCCCACCCAGGCUGGUGAAGAAGACGGAAGAGGCGGCCGAUGAGGUCUUCAAAGACCCGACGGAGUCCAGCCCGGGCUCCAGCCCUCCCAGUCUGACCCCAAAACUCCUCCGAAGGCAGGUUGUGGUGGCCCCUUCCUCUGGCCUGCCCCAUAAGGAAGAGGCUGGCAAGCCUGGUGCCUUGGGGACACCUGCUGCAGCUGAGCCAGUGCCCCCCACCAGCAGAGCGGGACCAGGCGCGUCUGGAGGGGCCAGCAAGGCCCCCGGUGAGGACUCUAGAAUGAGGAGGCACAAGACCACCUCCGAGUCCCCAGGGAGAGACAAGGGGAAGUUGUCCAAGCUCAAGCCUGCCCCGCCGCCCCCACCACCAGCCUCAGCCGGGAAGGCCGGGAGGCCCUCUCAGAGCCCAAACCAGGAAGCAGCCGGGGAGGCGGGCACCAGCGGGAAAGCAAAAUCCUCGGCUGUGGUUGUGGAUGCUGUGAACGAUGCUGCCAGACCCAGCCAGCUGGGAGAGGGCGUCAAGAAGCCUGUGCUCCCGUCCAUGCCAAAGCCGCAGUCAUCCACCAAGCCAGCUGGGACCCCCACCAGCCCAGGCCCCACUGCCCCCACGUUGCCAUCAGCAUCCUCCGCCCUGGCAGGGGACCAGCCGUCCUCCACCGCCUUCAUCCCUCUCAUAUCGACCCGCGUGUCUCUUCGGAAAACCCGCCAACCUCCUGAGCGCAUUGCGAGUGGCACCAUCACCAAGGGCGUGGUCCUGGAUGGCACCGAGGCCCUGUGCCUUGCCAUCUCCAAAAACUCCGAGCAGAUGGCCAGCCAUAGCGCCGUGCUCGAAGCUGGCAAAAACCUCUACACCUUCUGCGUGAGCUACGUGGACUCCAUCCAGCAGAUGCGCAACAAGUUUGCCUUCCGCGAGGCCAUCAACAAGCUGGAGAAUAGUCUCCGGGAGCUUCAGAUCUGCCCGGCGACAGCGGCGAGUGGCCCAGCGGCCACGCAGGACUUCAGCAAGCUCCUCAGCUCUGUGAAAGAGAUCAGUGACAUCGUGCAGAGGUAGCAGAAGCCAGCGCCGGGCCAGCCAGUGCCGCCUGCCAUGCGUGAGGGCUCCCCCAUGUCCGUGACGGUGGCUGACGGGACCAGUGAUCUGGGACCUUGGCCCCGGAGCUGAGGGCCACCCUGGAGUACAGCCCUACUACCUACAUGUGCACCAACUGUCCUCUUGCACUUGCCGCCUCCUCAGCCCACCCGCUGGGCCCUCUGUCCGAGUUCUAUCUGUGGAGUCCCGCCUGGUGGACUGCGGUCGCCAUGCCAGCCCCUUCCCUGUAGGGCACUUCAGACUGAGCCCUUCGGGCCAGCUGGGAAGGUGGGCGAGCGUCUCCCCUUCGUGUUUCUUUCUGGAGGAUUUCCUCUGGCUCCGCCUUCUCCUCAGCUUUCCCCAACAAGUGCCCUGAAUGGGAGCUGUGUCACCAUGCCUUGGGGACUGUUACCUUCACACACCUGGUGGAAGGAGCCUGUCCCCUCUUCCUCCUGCCACUUGAGACGCAUUUGCAGAACUGCAUCCUGGGAGGCCCUGCCUGGGCCACUCUGCCUCCACUGCUCUGGGCUGGUGCCCUUCCACUUCCUCACGGGCAGGACAGCUCUCAUUUGGGGGUAAAACAGGGUGCUAACACUAGCCAGCCUUUGGGUCCAGGAAGGGGGGGACUGGAGAGGCCCACGGUGGGGGACUGUCCUGUCAUCCUCUGUGUGUCCUCAGAGCCCAGUUCCUGCUCUCUUGUGACGUGCACUGCUGAUCCUGGAUGGAAGCUUGAGUCUUAAGGGAAGCAGGUCGCAGUCCAGCACACAGGGACGGGAUGCAGGAGGAGUGGCUUGUGGGUGAACAGCUGGUGCUGAGGUGGCCUGGGGUUGGGCCUAGGCGGGUCUUUGGUGGUCCCAGUGUUACCUUCUUUUUGAAUUUCUAGGUGCCCUGAAAAAGGCACUUGAUCUUGAUUUCUGACCGAUCUUCCUGUCCCCUGUACUCCCCUAAGACACAGCAGAUUCUUGCAGGGCUCUUUCCUGUGUGAGAAGACAGUUCUCAGCUUUCUGGAAUCUUGAAGCAUUUCGAAGCUCUGCUUUCCUCACAGCCGACACAGACGUCGGGCACCAGCACGCAAACAGGAGGAAAAGGACUGGGCGCCAAGGCCCCACCCAGUGUUGGCUGCACCCUCGUGGGCAAAUGUCUUAUUUAAUUACCACGGGCAGCACUUAGCCUUCAGGGAUGAAGAAAAACACAAAGAAAUGAGACCCUGGGAAGCGUCUGGAAGAGCAGGCCUUGGCGUAAUCCUCCCUUGGGCUGCCCAGGACCAGGCUCGUGGGGCAGGGCCCAGGUCUCCUUGACCUUGACCCAGAGCAGCUACUGAGGAGUGGGCAGGCACCUGCCUGGGCCUUCCUGCAGGCCCAGAACCAGCCCUUGGAGAAACCGGCAGAAAACCACCUUCUGCUCCCCACACCUCAUGCCCUCGACCUCACACAGACCCCGUUUUUACGCUAAUCACCCAAACUUGUAUUUUAUUUCUCUGGAUCGUUUGAUAUUGUCCUCACAGCAUCACCUCUGCCCCCGACAGCUGUGUUCACAGACUGAGGGAGGCGCUAGAACACCGCUGGCGGCCUUGCAGACAAAGCAGACAGGCCCCGGUGCCUGCCUCCUGUUCCUGAGGCUCUGGUCUCCUUCCUUCACACGACGUGCCACUAUAUUUUGCAUUUAUAUCUUGGUAUUACACUCUUGUAGACUUGCUCUUUUAUAAAUUACAUGUAAAUAGUUUUCCACACCCCUACCUUCUCGAAUGCCUAUGGUUUCUCUUUUUUUUGGUCCAGUACAUUUUGUUUCUGUAUGUGACUGUUUUUUUGAAUCCACAUCUCUCCUCCGUAGUAUUUUUUAAAUAAAUGUUUACAACAUUAGAA